CCAUAACAUAACUCCCUCGCUCUCUUAAGCCCGCCUUCACAACUUCUGUCUCUCUCCCUCCAUGCCACUGUCGCCGUCGAAAGGGUAUAGAGAAUCUUUAUUGGGUCUGUAAUGGCGUGCGUUGGGAAGCAGACCCUUACACCUAAGGCUAUUAUACACCAGAAGUUUGGUACUACAGCAAGCUAUACAGUCGAGGAAGUUCAUGAUUCUGCGGAGAAGGGUUGCCCUGGUUUGAAAAUUCCUCAAAAGGGGCCAUGCCUUUAUCGCUGCCAUUUGCAGCUUCCAGAUUUUGAAGUUUUAUCGAACGUCUUCAGGAAGAAGAAGGACGCUGAGCAAUCUGCCGCUGAGAUGGCCCUUGAAAAGCUAGGUAUUCGUCCCAGGAACGAUAAUCUUACAGUGGAUGAGGCUUGGGAUGAUAUCGUUGGACGCAUUAAGCAUAUCUUUUCUGAUGAGUUUCUUUCAUCUGAUCAUCCUCUGGGAAGUCACGUUAGAGCAGCGUUACGAAGAGACGGUGAUCUUUCCGGCUCAGUUCCUGUUUCCGUCAUCGCUGCAUUUGAUUCAAAGAUUAACAGUCGUUGCAAAACGGUUAAUCCUUUGGUCGACUCAGAUCCGUUCUUGGUCAUAUCCUAUGUCUUCAAAGCUGCGGAAAAAUUACCCGAUUUCAUUAUCGCAUCUCCUGCCGCAGCUUCAAUAAAAAGGUCUGAUGCAUACCCUUCAGAAAUCCUCGAGGCAUUGGCCACUCAAGUAUCUGAUUCAUCAGAAAGCAUAAAAAUUGAAGCCGUACAUAUACCAUGUAACCUUGAGGAAGAUGUUGAGCCAGUUACUCUCGAUAUUUCAUCGGGUCAGUAUUACUUGGAUGUUAUUGCUGAAAAGCUGGGCCUGAAGGAUGGUAAUCACAUUCUGAUUUCCAGGAUGGUUGGGAGAUCUUCCUCUGAUACUAGAUUGUACUCUGCUAUUCCCAAGUGGAAAUCCUUGGAUAUCUCAUCGAAAGCCUCUGGACCUUCUAAUGAUGAAGAAGAAUCAUCUAAAAAGUAUCGGAAUGCAAGAGCAAGUUAUGUAUGUGGUCAAGAUAUUUAUGGGGAUGCAAUCAUGGCAUCUGUUGGUUACACAUGGAAGUCCCAUAAUCUUCACUGUAACGAUGUAACCUUAACGUCAUACUACAGGAUUUGUUUGGGUAUGUCUCCUAAUGGGAUCUACAAAAUUUCGCGGCAAGCGAUACUUACUGCUCAGUUGCCAUCAUCAUUCAUUACAACAACUAACUGGAGAGGUUCAUUCCCCAGGGAGAUUCUCAGCAUGUUCUGCCGUCAGAACCAACUAGCAGAACCUGUCUUUUCAACAUCUACUACUCCUUUGAGCUCGGUUUCUGACAUUUUAAGGUCCCACAAGAAGAUGAAGCUUUCAGAUUUGCUCGAGCCUGAGGCAUCUUCAGACAGGAAAACAGAGGAUUUACCUGGAUCUGAGAAUAGGUAUAGAUGUGAAGUGAAAGUUCUUACCAAGUCUCAGGAUUUGAUUUUAGAGUGUUCUCACAGAAAGUUCUAUAAGAAGCAAAAUGAUUCCAUCCAAAGCGCUUCGCUAAAAGUACUGUUAUGGUUUAAUAGACUUUUCGACGACAUAGAUGCAGAUCCAGAUGAACUUGAAGCUUCCAUUAUUGACGAAGAUAUUAAGUUCCAUCGUCAUAACUUCCUUAAGGAGACAUGUUCAGGUGCCAGAACAAGUGAUUUCCACAGGGUGAGUAUGCCAUUUACAGAGACGAGCCAGUGUGUUGAAUCUGAAACAAAUGGUUCAGAUUCAGGUGUCUAUCCAUCUAGCGGCUCCAUGGUUUGUCUGUGUUAUUCUGUGUCUUUGGUGACAAAUGGUGAAUUUGCAAAAGAACUCAUUGAAAGCAAUGAAGAGAUAGAGUUUGAGGUUGGGACAGGAGCCAUGGUUCCGUCUCUCGAAUCAGUUGUCACUCAGAUGUCUGUUGGUCAACAUGCUGUUUUUGCUUCUUCACUUCUUGCUCAAGAGUCGAUUCUGGCUGCUGCUUCUGCAGAUACUGUCAGAACCCGUUCACUCUUAUCUUCGGAAUCAUCGUAUUUAGAGUACAGCAUACUUUUGUUGGGAGUGAAAGUACCCCCAGAAGAACGAAUGGAGGAGGCUUUUUUCAGUCCUCCUCUUUCAAAGCAGCGUGUGGAAUACGCGCUGAAACAUAUAAAAGAAUCAUCCGCUGCUAAUUUGGUUGACUUUGGUUGCGGAUCUGGAAGCUUACUGAACUCUUUACUCGACUAUCCGACUUCUCUAGAAACCAUUGUUGGUGUCGACAUCUCGCCAAAGGGUCUUGCCCGUGCUGCAAAAAUGCUGCACUCGAAACUAAACACUGGAGCUAACGACUUCAAAUCUGCUAAGCUGUAUGAGGGCUCCAUUAUCGAGUUUGACUCCAGGCUGCAUGAUUUUGACAUCGGCACUUGCUUAGAGGUCAUUGAGCAUAUGGAAGAAGAGCAAGCCUGUCAAUUCGGCGACAUGGUUCUGAGCUCGUUUUGUCCGAAGCUCCUGAUUGUGUCCACUCCGAACUACGAGUACAACUCAAUUCUCCAGAGGUCUAUUCCAGAAAGCCAAGAAGAAGACCCGGAAGACAAAUCAUCAUCGCAGCUGCCAAGAUUCAGGAACCAUGACCACAAGUUCGAGUGGACAAGGGAGCAGUUCAACCACUGGGCAUCAGAGUUAGCCAGACGGCACCAUUACAGCGUCGAGUUCAGCGGUGUAGGAGGGUCAGGUGAUGUGGAGCCCGGGUUCGCUUCACAGAUCGCUGUUUUCAGGCAGGGAUCAGUAUUAACUGGAGAAGAAGAUGAUGUUUCAAAGGGUAAGAAGAAGGUUCGGCCUUAUAGUCUCAUAUGGAAAUGGGAUAGAGAGGAUGGAGACAAGACCAUACCUUUGGAAGAAGAACAGUGAACAGUUUGGUUCAGACAAUAGUAACUGAAGCACUCUUGUCGGUUGUCUGUUUUCGAGUCAUGGUAUGAUCUGAUCAAGGAACUCAAAGUUUAGAGUUUGGAGUAGAAAGUCCCUUUCUGAUUAUAUAAAGGGUCAUGUGAUUUCCCAACUUAACCAUGGACCAUUUUGCAAAUA